AUGGGCGCAACCCUAGAAACCGAAAAGAAGGGGGAAGAGCAGUUUGAUUCAAGGAAAGAGACAAGCCAAAAGCCACAAGUGCCAUUUCCCAAUAAGCUUAAGCGACACAAAAUGGAAAAGGAAUUCGGUAAGUUCCUUGAAAUUUUCAAGAGUUUACAUAUUAACAUUCCUAUUGUAGAUGCCUUAGCCCAAAUGCCGUAUUAUGCAAAGUUCCUUAAGGAAAUCUUGGUGAACAAAAGGAAAUUGGGAGACGUAGCCAUAGUUGCAUUGAAUGAAGAAUGCUCAGCAAUCCUCCUCAACAAGCUGCCUCAGAAACUGAUUAAAAAGGCAUUGUGUGAUUUAGGAGCUAGUAUAAAUCUGAUGCCCUAUUCGAUUUUUAAGAAAUUAGGGUUGGGUGAACCCCAACCCACUAGAGUUGCAUUGCAAUUAGCUAAUAGGUCAAUCAAGCAUCCUAGGGGAAUCAUAGAAGAUGUACUUGUUAAGGUUGACAAAUUUAUUUUUCCCGUGGAUUUCAUAGUGUUARACAUGGAAGAGGACAUUGACGUCCCACAUAUCCUAGGGCGACUCUUCCUAGCUACAGGAAAGACGAUGAUUGAUGUCCAAUAA